AUGACUUCAUCAAAUCGCUGUUCAAUGUGUGGAAAACGUGCAGACACUUGUAUUUGCAUGGGAUGUAAAGCGCACUUUUGUGAUGAUGAUUUUCAAAGUCAUCGUGGAAUAUUAAUUAAUGAUUUAGAUGCGCUUACUGUAGAACGGGGUAAUCUUCAAGUUAAAAUCAACGAGGCUAUUUCAAACGAUCAGUCGAGCAAACAUCUUCUUGCAACGAUUGAUGAAUGGCAACGAACAACUAUUGAGAAGGUUAAACAAGCUGCUGAAUUAGCUCGACAACAGGUUUCCAAAAUCAUGAAUUUCAAACGGGAAGAAAUUACCAAACAGUUUGAAACGCUUUCACAAGAGUUGAAGGAGUUUCGAGAUACAAAAGAUGUUGUUGAGCAGGAUUUAAUCCGAUUGAAACAGAAAAUUCGUCAACUUAAUGAAGAUCUAGAACAAGUAUCGCCAUCACUGACUAUAGAGCUGAAUAUGAAACAGAGUGAUCAAAUUGCAUGGGAUAGAAUGAUAUAUGUCGAGCAAAAAUCUCUAUAUGCUGGUAAUCAACAACACCAAUCAAAACUAAUUGGUGAGUACUUCAAUAGAAUCUGCGAUGAAAAAUUUAAAUAUGAAUAA